AGAGGGUCAGGCACCCAACCCAACGCACCAGCAAGGGUGCAAGAUCUGGAGGACAAGAAAAGAUGGAACAGAUGUUGUAAACAUGGCAUAGAGUAGAAACUAGGAAACAGCAUAAUUGUGGCAUAAAUUUAAUGGUGGAGGAAAAUACCAAGUGAUACAUCACACAAGAAGCCUUUCUCCUCAAUCUGGACAAAUGAACGGAAUUCAUUGAAGACCAGGCAGCUGUGAAUAACUUAAUCAGUUUUGAUAUAAGCCGGAUGGACUUCAAGAGUGCAAAUCUUGAUUUUAAGAUGGCAGACAUGAACAUAUCAGCAAACAGAUGUAGCUACAGCUCCCUGUCUGACUCGAUCUUUCUUCCGGGGAUGUAUGGCUUUGUUUUCAUUACCGGACUCCCAUUAAUCUGCUUCGCCCUCCAUGGCCUGUAUCGUCUAAUGAAAUCAGAAAAUACUCUCCCAAUUUAUGUGUUUAACUUGCUCAUCUCAGACCUCGUCCAAAUUUGCACCUUGCCAUUUUGGAUAGUUUAUUACAGAAAUGGUCAUGUGUGGCGUUUUGGGAGGGUGUUGUGCAGUCUCAUUGGCUGCAUGUUCUUCGUAAGUUUGUUUGUCAGUAUCUUCUUCAUGUGCUGUAUUACUCUAGAGAGAUAUUUGGCCAUUUCUCACCCAGUUUGGUUUCGCAAUCAGCGCCAGCUCUGGAAGUCUUGGAUUGUUUGCUUGGCUUUGUGGGGACUCGUUUCUUUGUUUACCUCAGGAGCAUUUUACUUCGGCUUUGAAGAGGAUCAAAAUAUUCGAUGUAUGGAGAACUAUCCUGCACAGAAGAAAUUUGCCAUAUUUCAGUUGAUUGCCAUGACCACAACGUUUGUCUUGCCUUUCAUUUUUCUUUUGUUCAUGUACCAAGCAACAGGGAGAAACAUGAGGAAAGUAAUGUUAAUGUCAGAUGAAGAGAAAAAAAGAAUUACUAGCCUGCUUUCGCUGAUCAUUAUUAUAUUUACUGCAGUCUUUGGGCCCUACCACAUCAUAUAUUAUGUUAAGUACAUUGGCAUUCUCAUUCUGCAGGACAGCUGUAAUUUCCAAUCUUCGAUUUUUAUCUACUGUCAAAUAGCUCUAGGAUGGCUCAGCCUGAAUAGCAUAUUGGACCCAAUCAUGUACAUCUUCCUCAGAAAAGACUUUAUUAGGAUAUUAUCCAAGACUUUCCCCUUCUUGCAGCAUUUUGACUGUUGGAGGAGGCGUGCGUAUGGACAGGCAGCACAUAAAUCGUCCAUUUCAACACCCAGUGAAUCAGUACAGUUCAGGUAACUCUCUCUCGUGUCUCAAACUUAAACUCUAAUUCUUACACAAUCCAAUUCACUAACUUUGUAAGGGAUACCAUUUUUUGAGCGUUGUUAUUAGCUUUAUAAUUCAGUUGAACUGUCGACAACCACCCCAAGAGAAACUGGAUACAGAGCAUCAACAAAAGGAUGAAACUUUACCCAAGAAGAGGCUAACAGGGAGGGGGCUAAAAACAUUCCCAAAG